GCCACGUACGAGUGUUCUAGUAAUUUCCUGAACGAUCCGUGCGAUUCUUUCUUCCGGUAGCAGGGGACGCAGAAGAGAACGGCGUAAUCGGCUAGUGUACUUGGUGUUGGGUGGGCCUUGGAUUGGCAGAAAUGGCGAGCUCCCUGCAGCGGAGCCUCAAUAUCGCUCGUGCUUACCGAUCGGCUUUUGUAACAGCGACGAGAUCGUUAUCUUCGGACGCAUUGGUGGAGGUCAAGCCCGGUGAGGUCGGCAUGGUUUCUGGAAUCCCAGAAGAACACCUUCGAAGAAGGGUCAUAAUUUACUCACCUGCUCGAACUGCAACUCAACAAGGCUCUGGGAAAGUUGGGAGAUGGAAAAUUAAUUUUCUGUCUACUCAGAAGUGGGAAAAUCCAUUGAUGGGUUGGACAUCCACAGGGGAUCCAUAUGCCAAUGUUGGUGAGGCAGGACUCAGUUUUGAUAGUGAAGAAGCUGCUAAAGCAUUUGCUGAGAAACAUGGUUGGGAAUACGAGGUCAAGAAGCGUCAUACGCCUCUUUUAAAGGCGAAGUCAUACGCUGACAACUUCAAAUGGAAGGGCCCCCCGAAGACUCAGGCUGGUUGAUAUGAAAAUUUCCCAACAUCUUCUUAUAAUUGGUGUCAUGCCCGUAGGGUUUGUAAAGUUGAUUUGGCACUGCUUCUUAUCCUUGCUGUCAUCUGUCUAAUGUCAUAGGUUUGGUAUUUCGCUUUUCUGCAAAUAAUGUAUCGAACACUUAACCCGGUUUGAUACAAAAGUGUCUUUAAUUUAUCUAAAUUUACUCCA